UUCUCAACUGGUUUCUAUGUUUUUUGGGUCGCUGAAUCCGAAUUUGAAAAGUGCUGACACCUACCUGGUCCGCAUCAGGUCGAAAAACGAAAAAAACCUCAAAAUUAUGGAGGUUGUUUUGGUUUUUCGUAAAUAUCAUGGAAACGAGGUAUCUGUCGUAAAAUGUCACUCUUAUCAAAGUUAAAGAGCAUAAAAUUCUGCGUCGAAUGACCUCCCUAACGUCUUAUUUUAAUCGAUGCAGUCGUAAUCAAACAUUUUUAUUUAUACAGUUCCUUGAUUGAAACAUUUUUAUUGCAGUGUUUGCGACAAGUGAAAUCAACAUUAGAAGAGGAUAGGAAAUCGUUGAUUAAAACGUUUGAGGGAAUCUGAAAACUUAGCUUCAUAGCGAAAAAAAAGGGGCUGAAAGUAGGUCGUCACCCUUCUCUUUUAUUCCGACCCUUCUCUUUUGUUCCGACCUUGUAUUGUAUUGAACCUGGAGUCCGAAACACCUGCACCCCAUUCAAAGAGCUCCCCCUUUCCUCUUCUUUUCUUUCCUCCCCACUCACAUCUGCUUCACAGAUUCACUUCAGUCUGUCUUUAGCUCUCAAGAAGUAGAUGUAACUAAAAUUGUGUGUAAACAUCGUGCGUUAUUACUUAGUUUUUUUAUGCCUGCACAUAAUGUCGCGCCGGGAGUGUUGUCUGUGUGAUGAUUUGUUAGAAGAUGGGACAGAAUUAUGUGUCGUGAAGGAGAAAGGGCUGCAGUCCUUCAUAGAAGCCAGCACAAAGAGGAAAGAUGGUAAGGUGAAACUUUUUAAGGAGAGAACCGAAAUACAAGUUCAUGUGAGAUGCCGGAAGAAUUACACCACAGAAAGAUCUGUAGCAGCCUAUUUAAAAAGAGCAGCUCAACAUAUUCCCAAAAAGAAGCGUUCAAUUACUAGAGAGUUUUCCUUCAAAACUCAUUGUUUUAUAUGCGGAAAUCAGGUGGCAACAGAUCACAACCAACAACAAAUAAAAAAUCCUCCCAAUAAACGCAACAUGGUGUACAAUGUGACAACGUUGUCCAUGAGAGAAAAAGUUCUCAGCCUAGUAGCCGGUCGUCAAGAUGAAUUAAGCCAAGGAAUAGUAACUCGCCUUGAGCCAGAACAUGAUUUGGUUGCAGUGGAUGCACAAUACCACAGAGACUGCAUGAAGGCUUUGUACCGACCACAUCGACAAGGCCUGCCAACUGGCAGACCUGUUGAUAAUGAAAUGGAAGCUGCUAUACAUUCCAUUACCACUUUUCUAAAAAACAGUGAUGAAGAAUGUCAAUUCACCUUUGAUGAAUUGAUGGAAAAAAUUGAAGGUGAUUUCCGACCUCACCCAAUCACCCUCAGGAGGCACCUCAUUCAAAAAUUUGGUGAUGAUAUUGUUGUCACCACACACAAACCAUACGUUGUGUGUUUCAAAGCAACUGGUCACAAAAUAAUUACUGAGAACUGGCAUCAAGAAGCAAUUCGCUUGCCAGAGGAAGAGAAAAGGCGCCACAUAGUUGAAGCCGCUGCUGCCAUAGUUGUUGAGGAUAUUCGAUCACAAAUCUACAACCUGACUGAAUACCCCGGGUGUGAUAAAUUUCUAGAGGGAGCUAAAGACCUAAUUCCUGAGACUACCCGAAUAUUCGUAGAAGGUGUUGUGCUUAACAAGAAAAAAGGGGAUCUUGAACCAUGGAAGAAGAAAUCUGUAGCAAUCGCACAUAGCUUGAUUAGUGCAGUGCGUCCAAGGUCUUUCGUUUCUCCUCUUCAAGUUGGAUUAGGUGCUUUCUUGUACAAAAAAUAUGGUUCGCGAAAACUUAUCGAUGUGCUGUCAUCCCUCGGAUUUUGUGCAGCAUACAAUGAGACUACCCGAUUUGAAGUGUCAACAAUAAUGCGCCCUCCUCUGGCUGUAAGCCAACAAGCAUUUAUUCAAAUGGUAUAUGACAACGCAGAUUUCAACAUCCAGACACUCGAUGGACGUAACACUUUUCACAGUAUGGGGAGUAUCCGAUGUGUCACCCCAGGCAGUUCUGUAGUUCCUGAUCAAAAGAUUACCCGUCUGAAGACUAUACCAUCAGCGGCAGAUUUAGGGAGCUUGGGAGCAGUGCCAUUACAACACUUCGAGAAGAUAGAUCCUCUUGGCUUAGCCAAAAUUAAAGUAUGUGAUUUGAGUUCAGAAUUUCCACACAAUGAAAUAAUUGUCCCAUCAGUCUGUACGUUGGUAUGGUUCUACUGUAAAUCUAAAGGUUUUCCUGGAAUUCGUGGGUGGAAUGGGUUCAUGGAACAGGUGACCGAUGGCAUACCUUAUGAAAAAACAUCCAUUGACUGCCAACCAUUCAUUAAUGCACCCCCCAGUGACUACGACACAGUAUACACAUCAUUGACAACUGCUGUCCAAAGGACGAGGUCCUGUUGUCCUGAGCAAAAAACUACGUUCGUCACAUUUGACCAGCCUCUUUAUCUAAAGGCUAAAGAAAUCUUAGCAAGUCGAGAGGGAGAUCCAGAGUUAGAGGGUGUAGUCAUAAGGCUUGGAGGGUUCCAUUUGCUCAUGUCUUUUAUGGGAGCUGUGGGUUACAUAAUGGAGGGGAGUGGUUUGACAGAACUUUUUAAUACUGUAUAUGCACCCAACAGCACAGAAAAAAUUAUGACUGGCCAUGCUUACGCCAGGGCUGUCAGAGGACACACGUUGGCUGCAACAGCUCUUGCUAAGGUGAUAAUGGAUUCCAUAAAUUUCUCCUCCUCAUUUCAGUUCGACAUCGAUCAAGUUGUCUACGCAGAAAAUUGGAAUGCACUGCUGAAUUCUCAUGAAACAGGAUGGUGGAAAGAAAUUGAACAGUCGUUUAAAGACCAGCUCCUGAAUCUAUCCAAUUUGGGGCCCACUGCUAAGUUGUGGGUUCAAUAUUUUGAAAUGAUAACAUUGAUGAUGAAAUUCAUUGAAUCAGAAAGAAUGGGAAACUGGAAACUUCAUCUGGAAGUCAUACAUGACAUGCUCCCGUAUUUCCAUGCCAGUGGUCACUACCUAUAUGCAAAGUGUGCCCACAUGUACAUCCAGGACAUGAUAAACUUGGAACAGUGGAUGCCACUCCAGGAAUACCAAGCAUUCACUAAGCAAGGAAGUUUCACUAUUCGCCGAAGUGAUAAAUGCUGGUGCGGCACAUGGAGUGAUAUGUGCAUUGAACAGCAGCUCAUGAAGAACAUGAAGGUUGAAGGUGGACUGACUAGAGCUCGUGGAUUCAGUGAGGGCAUUUUAUCACGGUGGACCUUGGGAAUGACUUCACUUCAGCACGUGGCUAAUGACAUUGAGGACUUCUGUGGAGUGCGUUUCGGAACAUCUGAUCAGCAUGCAGACAGUCGUGAUGCUAGAGUGAACCUUGACAUCACUUGCACACAAAAAAUGGUUGAGUGGUUUCAGCAACACCCAGCAUUUCAAGACACCAAGGAAAUCAUGUCAAUCAGCACUGGGGUAGUGGGAAAUGAAAAAAUAAACUGUCACCUCUCCAGAGAAGUGGGUACUGCUGGUAUCAUGCGAAUAGUGGGCACUAAUUUUGCAGCAGUGACAUUCAGAAGGAAAGACCGAGUUCUCCCACUUGCAACUGUCAACUCAGCUCUCUUCAUUGAGGAUCGACCGGUCAUCGUUAAGCCAACCACUUUGUUUCAAAGGAUGGUAAUCACCAAACAAUCAGACGAAGAACUGCAGGAGUUCUUGACAUACGAAUUGGCUCCAUACCCUCCUGCACUAUUUGACGAUGGUUUCCUACGAAAAGGCACGAAAUCUUCAUUGUACAAAACUUUCAAGCCACUUCAAGAUGCCACUCCGUUGGACAGCAGUGCAGCAUUUGUGAUUGAUGGUGGAUUGUUGCUGCACCGAGUUGUUUGGUCAAGAGGGUUUACCUUUAACGACAUAUGCAAAGCAUAUAUAAAUUACACCCAGAAAAAGUAUGGCCCAAGUUCGUAUAUUGUAUUUGAUGGGUACUCCUCAGAACAUGGAGGGACAAAAGCAAUGGAGAGGUUGAGGAGAUCAGGAAAAAAAAUCUCCUUUGAAAUACAGUUCAGCCAAGCGAUGACCCCAACAUUAUCUCAGGAAAAUUUUCUAUCAAACUCCAAAAACAAAAGUAGAUUGAUUACCAUGCUGAUGGCUAUGUGUGAAGAAGCAGGGAUUACUUGCUACCAAGCAACUGAAGAUGCUGAUGGACUAAUCGUUCAAACAGCUGAAUCCUUGGCUCCAUUUCAUAAAAAUGUAGCAGUUGUGGCAGAAGACGUUGAUAUUCUUGUAAUUAUGAUGGGCCUUCGGAUUUCAGAUAAUAUCUACCUGCUCAAGCCAGGGCGUGGAAAAGAUCCUCCACUCCUGUAUCACCCUAAAUCAGCUGUGAAUGAAGGCCUCUACAAUCACAUGAUGUUUCUUCAUGCUAUGAGCGGAUGUGAUUCAACGUCAGCCAUUUUCAACCAAGGAAAAACUAAAUUCCUAAAAACGCUCACUAAACAUCCUGAGUUAGAGAAGGAUGUCGAGAGAUUUUUAGAUCCUUCAGCCCAGCCAGCUGAUAUUGCUGCUACUGGAGAAUCAUUUUUAGUGGCCCUUUAUGGGGGAGACCACAAAAAAACAAAUUUGGAUGAGCUACGCUACAAAAUGUACGUAACAUCUGCAUUUAAAAUUUCGAGCAACAUAGCUUCCAUCCCCCCAACUGCUGCUGCUGCACGCCAGCACAGCUUGCGGGUGUACUUCCAAGUACAGCAGUGGCUUGGAAACCUUCUGCCUCCAGUGCUGUGGGGAUGGAAGGCUACCAAAAAUGGAUUGCUCCCUUUGCCAACAGACAAACCCCCCGCUCCUGACAAACUAAUGCAGUCAAUUUCAUGCAAAUGUCGCACAGAUUGUGGUGGGCGAUGCGGCUGCAGGAGAUCAGGCCUUUUCUGCUCGCAACUGUGUGUAAACUGUGCAGAUUUGUGUACAAAUGUAGAUGUCACUUCUGCAUUCGAAGAAGAAGAAGAAGAUGAUGAAUUUGGAGAUUCUUUUGUUGGCCAAGCCAUACACAGUUUGCAAGGUGAAGAACUACUACCACCACAGCAUGAAACGACGAGCCGACCAAUCGACGAGCCUGGGCCAUCGUCUGCCCCAGUUAUCAAUAUUGAGCCAGGCCCUACCUCAUCAAAGCGGCAAAGAAUUGCAUAAAUUUUUUUAUUACAUUUUUCUGUAUCUUUUUGGUUAUAUGUAAAUAGUAUAAAAUAGUAAAUGGUAUUUUAACAACAGUAAGUUAUAUUCGUUGAAACCCUUCGUAAUGGUCACAUUGGCGCUUACAUAGAAAAU